AUGGACGAGGGAGAGACGCUUCCGCUGCUCAGCGCCACCGCCACCGCCGCGCGCGCGUCGCGCGAUGCCGACGGCGCGCCGAUACGCUCCGCGGGCCUCGCGUCGUGCUCGGGCCGCGGAUCCACCAAGAAAAAAACGUCGCGAUGGCUCGCGACGCUCGGCGCGGCCUCGCUCGGCGCGCUGCUCCUCGCCGGCGCCGCGGUGGGCCGCGGUGGGCUCGACGGCAACCUGCACUUCACCUCCCUGGGCGAGGCGGCCAGGGGCGCGGCGCGCGCGAGGCGGCACGAGGGCCGCGGCGGCGGCGCGGCGCACGCGUCCCGCGCGCGCGCGGCCUCGAGCGGCCUCGGCGACACCACCCUCGAGCCCCGGGGCAUCGGGCAGAUGCCGCGAGCGGAACCGAUCCGGCCGCCGCAGGAGCGCGCCGCGGACCGUCAGCGCGCGCGCCGCGAGGAGCGCAGGCGCGCGCGCUCCGCCGAGCGCGAAGCCGCAGCCGGCGUCGGCCGUCGCGCGGGAGACGGUCCCACGCCGGACGACGCGAGCGGCACAGCCGGCGAUGACGAAACCGUCACAACGCCCUCGUUCGUCUCGGGCGACGAUCCGUCCGCGCCGUCGUCGUACGAGACCCGCAAGGUCCUCGACCCGCUCGCGUGGAGGAUGAACAUCGAGUCGGAGAUCGCGGUCGCCGCGGAGAAGGCGGCGCGGGCAGCCGCCGGGGCUGAACUCGUCGACCCACCGAUCCCGCUUUCCGCCCCGAUGCACGCGGCGAAUAGGUUCGCGUGGAAGCCCAAGCUCGGGGUGGAUUUCGUCGACGCCGACGAACUCGCCGCGAGGGACGCGCUUGGCGCCAACGAACGCGCUCUCACGAACGGCGGCGCCGACGUGGACGUCGUGGACUACGCGCGGUCGCACGAGGCAAUCGUGGAGUUCGAGGAGGAGGAACGAGAACGACGGCGCCGUGACAGGACGUCGUACGCCGAUUGGCUCAAAUCGGAAGACGGGAUCAAGGCGGUGACGACGCUGAUCCCGUUCCCGGACUUUGUCGCCGAGCGCGCGGAGGUGCCCGGUCUCGUGGACCACGUCAACGAUUUCGCGAGCCACAACGGUCAGCAGCUCGGGUUCCCCGACCCCGAGAAGAAAAAGCGAGGCACAUCGGAUGGUUUCGACGAGGAGGAACAGAUGGAGUUUGGCCUCACGAACUUGCUCCGCAGGGACGACGACGUUCGCAUCCCGAUCGACGACUUGGACCUGCGAUGGGUCACGUACGCCACGCACGAGUACUGGCCGAUGGUCAAGACGUUGGUGCACUCGAUGGAGCGCAACGCGCCGGACACGCUGCUCAGGCUGACGGUGAUGCUCACCGACGAGGACGACCUAACGGAGUGCCGACGGCUCUCCAAGGCGCAGCGCGUCGGCCCGUUUUCCUGCUUCCUGGACUACGACGUCCUCAACAUCAUGCGGCGGGAGGAACGGAUGUCCAACGACGAGCGAUACAACCGCGACACGGACGAUAUCCUCCGGUCCAUGUACGAGCAGAUGGCGGAGGGUUGGGGCGCCUCCGCAUCCGUCAGCGCGGGUCUCGGCGGCAUGGGAUCGCGGGACGGCGGCAAGGAUCGCGGCGGCGGCGGCGACGACGACCUCGCGACGCUCGGCGCCGACGGGCGGAUCACUCCGCACGCCGCGGACAUGCUCCGCGCCAUGAAUCGUACCCAGCUCGUCGACGCAAUCGUCGAUCUUCAGAGCCGGCACAAUUCGCGGGUGCAAAUGCGCCAUGACGGCACCGCCGAGAUCGACGAAAAGCCGGCGUACGUGCGCGAUUGGGUGGACGACGUCACCGACCUCGGGUUCAUCGCCAUCCCCGCGGAGCUCGCGGACGAGUUUGAGACGCGCCAGAAGAAGCCGGAGGAACCUUCCGAGACUCUUUCCGAGACUCCCUCGGACGUCGACCCAAUCGCCGACCCAAUCGCCGACGCCGACGCCGACGUCGCGCGGGUCGGGCUUUCGAAGAGAUCCAAGUCUUUCGCCGCGCCGCCCGGCCCGAAAAGGAGGGUUCGCCUACUGAAGAACAACGCCCUCGGGUUCGUCGAGCUCCCGAAGCCGACGAAGCCGGCGAAGGGCGAGACGAAAAACGCGAAAGCCGCGAUUCGUCGCGACGACGUCACGCCCUUGGGUUUCCUCAAGGCGUCCCGCGCCUCCGGUCGCGACGCGCGCUUCGACGCGCCCGAGGGCGAGGACGCGCUCUUGGGCGGCGAUCCGGACGCGGUCACCGAGCUCGGCUUCCUCAGGCGCCCCGGCGGCGACGUACCCGACGUGGGCAAGAAGAAGGGCCCGGGUGUCGACCUCGAUAAGGUCGCGAGCAGGAAGAUGAACGAACAGCGACAGCGCGCGUUACGCGUCAUUUCGAAGUGGCGCAAGGUUCACGCGCUCUACAGCCUCACCAAGGGUGGCUACGGCACCGUGUUCAUCGACGCCGCGUCCGUGAUGAUCCGCGAUCCGACGCUGCUCAUCAAGGAGGAGAUGAAGCACAAUUCGCUGGUGACGCUGUCCGACUUUGGGGGCGAGAAGGAUCAGGGCCUGCUUAACACGGGGUUACUCGCCGCGGCGCCGGGGAAGCAGACCUGGGACCUUCUCGAGGAUUGGAUCAGGACGGAGCUUUACGGGCAAGCGGACGAGCAGGAGCACCUCGUGUACGAGAUUGCGCCCAGGGCGAAGGAAGAGGGCAAGAAGAUCCACGGAAUGCCCCACCAGAUGUUCCCGUCCUAUCUCACCUUCUACAAGGGCAGGCUCGAGAACAUCAGGACCAAGCACGGCGACUACGCAAAGUACGGAGACACCGCGGUCGUUCAUGCCGGGUACUGCGGCACGGUGGCUGGUAAGAAGGCGUUCCUCGACAGGGUCAACAAGAUGGACCGGCUCGAGAUGUUUUCCAGGCACUUUGGCAGCAACCACGGAAACUGGUACAACCAGCACAUGAAGUACAAGGAGACCGACGCCGAGCGCGACGGGUGCGACGUGCACGGUAGGGAUAAGUUCAGGACGUGCGGUAAGGCGCCGUGGGACUCCCCGUGCGACGAGGUGUGGGCCGACGACGCCGACGACCUCCCCGAGCUUCCCUUACCGCCAUACGCCGAAGCCGCCGUAAGUGAGGCAACGCGGAAAGCCAUCACCGUGCGGGAGGCGUCGGACAUCGAGACGACGGUGAUGGGCAUCAGCGACGUCCGCAAGGCGUCCGGCACCGCGCAGAUCGCCUGAGACUGCGGUAGACUAAACGCGUCGAACGUGUGUAUUAAUAAUAGUCCCAUCGUGAUUGCUAA